AUGGACUCUGAACGCCCCCACCAGUCCAUUACUCUACCACGGAACUUUCAGUUCCAUUACCGUGACGGCCCAGCUCCACAAACACCUGAGCCUGAGCCGCAGCCUGAGCAACUGCAACCACCACCACCUCCUCCGCGCCAGGUGCUCAAAGUUCGUCGCCGCCGCACCACCAUGGUCAUGAACCCUGAUGACAUGGAUGCCAUCAUGGACCAGCGGCCAAUCCCUACCAUCGAGGCCCCUGAGAUCGUGUCGGAGCCAUCGAGUGAGCUUCCUUCCUACUCACUUCCCCAAGACGACGCCUUUCUGUCUCCAGGCUUUGGCUACACUCGCAUGCUACCUCCACCCAAGACUCCCGUUGCACAGAUGAGGACCAUCGACCACUACGACGGGCACCAGGACUGGUCUGAUAUCCCGCAUGUCAGUCAAAGUGAAUCCUCCAGCAGGCCCACGUCUUCUUCUGGUUUCUCAGACUCUUCGAUAUCUUCUUGCGAUAGCAUUGGCUCCUUCCUGUCUCGGGGAGGCAGCUGCACAAGCCCUGAAGAGGAAUCUUUCGACCCUUUCUUUGGCCCAUCCACAAGCAAGGCCCAACGCCCUACCUCUCCUUCCAUGUCUUUUCAACCACAACGUACUGCUAAGAAAAUAAAGUCAAGAGCCACUUUUACCGAGGAAAUGGAUUACCACCUCUGGAUGACUUACAUGAAGUACUUACAAGAUCCCACGGUGACUCCCUUCAAGGCGCUCCCAAGCACUGCGCCGCCGAAUGGAGCAUGCCACCGCGUGGCGAGGAUGGCUCGGAAAACCUGGAAAGACCCCAAGCCCGCCCGCGCUGGUGCCAGUCGUGCGAGUGCACGCUACGCUGCUCAUGUACUCACGCCCGCCACGACCAGUCCGAUCCAGGGUAGCAGCAGCGCCUCUACCAGACCGAACAAGUCUUACAUGCGGUUCCCUACCGAGAAGCAGUGCAGAAAGCGCCUGAGAGACUUGGCCAAGUCGAAACCUACCUUGUCUGCUCACUACCAGCGCCUUCUCCGCCGAUCGCCUUCGCCACUGCAAUCCUCUCCGCCACCGGAGGACCCACCCCAACAGCAAUCCCAAUGCCAACCAGUGCAACAACCGCUACCCCAGCAACAGUCAUUGUCUUCGCCGUUUGGGCAAGGGUCCGCCAGCUUUUCGACGAGGGAUAUGAACGUUUCGCUAGCCACAAGUACCGCGCCGUCAAUGCAGAUGGGCAAUCCACUGUCCCAACUGGCAAGUGGUGUCACACCCCGGCCGCCGGCGAGGACAUGGUCCAGUGCGCGGUCUUCUGCCCACCAGAAGUCGCAGUCGCUUCACAUCAACUUGGGGCUGGGCAACGUACUUGGCUCCCCAUUCCACGCUAAGCCCGAGGCAAGCAACGUUAGCACUAACCAAAGGAACGUACGAACCUGGCACGCGCCAGCAUCCACAUCGCAGUCGCCACGUCUGGGCUCGCCUUUCCAGUUGCAUGCUCCCCGACCAAAGUCAAGAGUGUUCAAGCGACGUGCUCUUCAUAACAAUAGCUUUGAAGGAUCGAGAAUCAACGAGCUGUUUGGAGCACCAGCUGAGUCUAGCCAUCGUCGCGUCAGGAGCCGGGGCUUUAGCUUGGGAGACAUGAUGGAGGGCGCCCGACGCCUGCCCCUACCCAAUGAUCCGUUGGGGUUCAACCCAUUCGCAAGCUCAGGCCCAGUCUCUGCCAUGCCGAGUCCGGCCCAGCACUCGCCAGCAGUGGCAGCUGAGAUCCAGGGACAGGCCAACGUCCGCCUAGGCUCACCUUUCGUUGGCCGCUCUAGCAACACGUUCCCUCGGGAGGCGAUGUCGCACAGCUUCGAGCCUCCGGCGUCCUUCGAGCAACGUUUCGCGGCAAUGCGUGACGACUCCCAUUACUUACACUAG